GCGUUGAGUUGACGUCAAUUUUCCAUCGAAGCGUCGCCUCGCAACAUUUUGCCCGUGACCAAGCAUAAUAUAUAUAUUUGGUGAUUAAUAACACACGACAAAGAAACGAAAGGUCAAGUAAACAUUUUCAUCGUGGAGACGUAAGUUAACUUGGUCUUGAGAAAAUUCAGGUAGAGUUUGAUGUCCGUCCAUGUGGUUUGGGAGACGAUAGUUGAGUAAUCAGUUUCGAGUGAAAAAGUUAAGAAGCACCUGAUUCUGAAAGCAGGAUAUAUCUCCUGUCUGAGGCCCGCGAAAUGCAGGGACAAGAUGGAGAAGGCGGAGACGGAGGCUCACCAUGGAACAAUUCGAGUGGCUGCGAGGAGGAGAGAAGACCAAAUGCGAAGGAGGGCAAGAAGUCCAACGUUUUACCUUUAUGGGGAAACGAGAGGACUAUGAACUUGAAUACCUUGAUUCUCACAAACAUCCUGUCCUCCCACUACUUUAAAGUAAACUUGUACGAGUUGAAGACUUAUCACGAGGUAAUCGAUGAGAUCUACUACAAAGUUGCUCACCUAGAGCCCUGGGAAAAGGGCAGCAGAAAAACUGCCGGCCAGACUGGGAUGUGUGGAGGCCGGUUCAUGCAGGUACGGGGUGUUGGAGCUGGUGGUAUUGUUUCAACGGCUUACUGUCUACUCUAUAAAUUAUUUACCUUGAGAUUAACAAGAAAGCAGCUGAAUGGUCUCAUCAAUCACCCAGAUUCUCCGUACAUACGUGCUCUUGGGUUUAUGUACAUUAGAUACACACAACCACCAGCCGAUUUAUUCAUGUGGUACGAUGAUUACCUCGAGGACGACGAGGAAAUGGAUGUAAAAGCAGGGGGAGGUCAGGUGAUGAAGAUGGGAGACAUCUUGAAGCAGUUCCUGACCAAGCUGGAGUGGUUUUCGACCUUAUUUCCGCGUAUACCAGUGCCUAUACAGAAAGACUUAGAGCAUCGACUGGGAGAGAGGUUUCCACAGCAGACGGCCAAUGCACGCAACGCUAAACCACCGAUAACUCUGAAUAAUCAUGGAAAGUACAAUAACAGCAAUGGGGGGAGGAAGGACAACGGCAGUGUGACAGCCAGGGGGAUGGGGAGGUAUGUGCAGGAAGAGGCUCAAUGGGGAGAGGAGCAAACGAGCCAGUGGCGAGCCAGGUGUGAGGAGGAACGCAGAGACAAGUACAGGGACAGAAGUGACAGAGAGCGCAGGAGAUCACGAGAACGUGAGCGAUCGAGGGAUCGGGGAAGAGUGGAUGACAGGAAGCGUGAUCGUCACUCGAGGCGAUCCAGCCGCGAUCGAAGUCGUGACAGGAGGAGGAAUAGAAGUCGCAGCAGGGAUAAAUUUGCCGAGAGGAGCAAGGAGCGUCAUCGUGAUAGAGACAGACAUAGGGACAGGAGGGGUUCUCCAAUUGACUAUGCAGCGGAACUAGCUAGAGAAAGAGAUCGUCAACGCCGAGACUAGAAAAAAUCCUUAAUUACUACUGAAUGUACAAUUAUUGAAGUUGAUAAGAUAAAUGUAAUGCAAGUGUAUUCUGGAACGAAAGAGGAGCAUUUCAGGGAGGACGAGAGAAACUAUAUCAAUUUAGAACCGAGCCACUGCGACUGCAUUCUACGAAAAACAAAUUUUUUGGAAACUCCAAAUGGGUCAGGAGUAUUUAGCCUAAUGUUUGAAUAAAUAGUUCAAUAUUAUCCAUCAUGUAGUUUACAUGUUUUUUAUAAAUAAAGUCGAUGACUGUA